GGGACCCCAAACAGAAGCCGUGGCAGAUUACCGACGGGCCUCACCUAGAACCCUAGGGAAGGGUGGAGUUUCCAGAAAACAGAACGGUAAGAAGUAAAGGUGAAAUCCUAGUGCUCAUCAUGCCCAGAGUCUUUCUUGUAAAGAGGAGGAACCUGCUGCCUGCCAGUCGCAGCUGGGAUGAGUUGCCGGACGAAGAGAGAGCUGACACCUACGUCCCAGGGGAGAUAAAGUGUGUACUCCUAAACUAUCGUAGUGAAGACAGCUGCAGUUUGGAGAGCACUAGCAGCAGGGACACAGAGGCUGCUGGUGCCUCAGCCCCUGAAUCCACAACAGAGGAGACACUUCUGGACUUGGCAGUGAACCACCCCACAGUCAGAUCCAAAAUCAAGUUUACUACUGGCACCUGUGGUGAGUCUUUGAUAUACAAUUGUGAGUUAUGUGGCAAAGGAUUUCGCUUACAGCGCAUGCUGAACCGCCACAUAAAGUGUCACAGUCAAGUGAAGAGACACUUGUGCACCUUCUGUGGUAAAGGAUUCAAUGAUACUUUUGAUCUGAAAAGACAUGUAAGGACACAUACAGGUAUCCGUCCAUACAAAUGUGAGAUCUGCAAUAAAGCCUUUACUCAGCGUUGUUCCCUGGAAUCACACCUUAAAAAGAUCCACGGGGUGCAGCAACAAUACGCUUAUAAACAACGGAGAGAUAAACUGUAUGUUUGUGAAGAUUGUGGCUACACAGGCCCAACCCAAGAGGACUUGUACGUGCACAUCAGUGAUAUUCAUCCUGGAAGUUCAUUUCUGAAGAAAACUUCAAAAAAACUUGCAGCUGUUUUACAAAACAAACUGACCUCUCCUAUGGAGAUGAGCCCAAAGGGGAAUGAGGAGGAGCAGUAAUGCUGGAAUGGAUGGUAGUGGCCAAGUGAGUUGAAGUUUACGUGCAUCUGAACUAGGGUUGCCAAAUCUCAUAGUCUGACCAGAUGUUUCAGGGUUUUAGUCAUUGUGUUAAAAUCUCCAGGGGAAGGGAAAGAAUAAAAUCUGAUGAUGAGGAAGGCAGGGCUGCUUGUCUGUUUGGCUUAAGAGUUAACUAUCCUCACUGUUACCAUACACAGGUCCAUUAGACCAGAUUUUCCCCUUGUCCUGUCCUCUGACCACACCAGGUGCCACUGAACUCUGCUCAUAAACUUCCAGGAAUCACCUACAGAUCUGCAAAGCGCCAUCCUUGAAGCUCCUAAGACUCUGAACUCUUGGAAACAUGGCAACCCUAAUCAGAACCAACUUCAAAAGGAAGGUAGUUCUCAAACCUGGCCUGCUCCAAGAGUCUACUUAACAAAAAUAAAAUCUCCCCAACAUGGGAUGAACACCGUACAGAACAUAACAUAAUUUGAAUUGUUUGAUUCCUUCAGUCUUUGUAUAGAAAUCUCCCAAGUGCCUUUGAUAAAGAAACUGUUAACUGUGGUUGUAAAGUAUUUAACAAAACAAUUUUAUUCAACUUGAAUACAGGUAAUGGGCCUUGAAUUAAAAUGAAAUAUCUUUGUAAAGAACAUAAUAGUAUUUUGUAACAAUUCCCCCCCCCCAAAAACCCUAUGAAAUAUUCCAAUAAAGUUAUUUAUGA